UCGGUUGUUGCUAUGCGAAACGGGCAGCGUGAUCCGACUGAUGCCAAGAUUAUGCGCGUGCGUGCUUAUUUGUUUUCACAUUUGAAUAUGUGCGCGAGGAACAAAUGUUAGACAUUCUUUAACUGCUGCGUGAACUUCCGAUAAUUGCUGCAAUCUAGCUGACCUGUCUCAUCUCCACAAGUGUUCUGGUGUGAAAAGGAGCGUGUCGCCGCCGGAAACUUACACAAUGGCCACAAGGCGAUCGUCUAGGCUGCUUAACAAGAAUGUUACCCCAGCAUCUGUGCCGAAAUCGAGCAAUGAAGAUAUGGAUGUUGACAGCGAUGAAAAGUACGUAUCGGAUUGCUCUUCGUCAGAGGACGAAUACAGGCCCCCGAAGAAACAAGACUCGUCGGAUGAGUCUGAGGAUGACGUCCCGGCGAAGAAAAGUAAGCACAUCGGCCUUGAACUUACGCAUGUUUCGGACAGUUCUGCCGAUGAGCCUUUUGAGCUCGCGUGCUUAGGAGUUGACUUGUCUGAGGGUGGUACAUCAAGCGAUGACGAUAGCGACUCUCGUUCUGACACCAAAAAUAGACGCAAAAAGUCGACCGCGCCUAAGAAGCAAUAUAUACAGGCGGUCAAGAUUCCGAAACUGUCGCAAAUCAAAAGAGCCAAUAACACGACUCUGAACAUGCUUAGUUCCGAUAAGAAUCCUUCUGAAAGAAGGGUUCAGCUUGAAAGUUUACCCGGUUUCAGCAAGAGUCUCCUAUUACAGUCGAAAAAGCACAACUCGACAGACUCAACCAAUCAAGCACUGCAGUCAACUCGGGUAGACCAUGUCAUGAUGAAGAAAGGUAUGGGUGACGACAACUCUUCUGAAUCCUUGAAAGACGUCAUCAGUGCUAUGUUGCUUGAAAACGAACCACAGGCCUCUUGCUCUUACACUGUAAAUGACGCGCCAAAGUCCAAACUGCUAAAAUCUAAAAAAGCUGCCAAGAAUUUAUUAGUACCGCCUGCAAAACAGUCUGCUUCUAGCCUGGACUGUAGGUCUCCAGUGAAAACUAGAAGCAAGCAGUUUCAAGCUGCGAAGACCGCUAAGUCUUCAGUGUCGUCUGCAAAAAGUGGUAAGAAAUCUGGCAAAACUAGCCUUAUGGCGGAAAGUCAAGCAAACGAUUCAUCAAUAACGUUGCCAGAGGUAAAGAAACAGCACAUGAAAAAUAAGAAAACCACACCACAAAGAAUAAAGGCCGAGAAACAUGAUAGCUCGAGUGAAUCUGACUGGGAAGAAGUUCCAGAAGGAGCAGACCUCGACAACUAUGCACCUGUUGUUCCCGAAGAUGGAAUCACAAUCACACUGAAGGAGCCCGUGAUGACGGGAAAACGCAAGAAAUCAAAGUUUGAUCCGGUGGCAGAGAUGAGGCGUCGGAUUAACAGAGUGCGCAAGGAAAUCCAUGUCCUGAAACACAAGGUGCAUCUUCUCUGUCUCCUGGCACAUGGGAUGAGGCUGAACAGCCUUAUGCUGGACCAAACUCUGCACGGGGUGGCACUUUCUUUGCUUCCUUCCGAGUUCAUGAUGUACACUGGCAAAACAGUCACGCUUCUGGAUAUCGAGCGCAUGUCUAGGCUGUUUAUCAAAGCAUUUGUGUGCAAGUUAGGUCCUUACACUAGUUGUCGUGCCCUUUACAAUGACCUUAAAAUGGCACUAACAACCAAGAUCGCUCAAAACGCGAGAGAUUAUGCUCUUCUAUUUCUGGUGAUUGUAAGGUGCUUGCAGAUUGAAGCUCGUUUGUGCAUCUUGUAUCCUGUGCCUCUCGAUGCUGUUCAGCUGCUGAAGACAGACGUAAAACCUGGGAAAAAAAGCACCGAGAUCGAAACUCCUUCCAAAAAAAAGGCUAAAGGAGAGCACUGCGAAUCUGAUGAGGCGGACAGUGACUUCGAAGUUGUAAAACCAAAAAAGGCAAUGAGCAAAAAAAAGGUUUGCGACGAUUCGUCAACCAAGAAAUCUGGGAAGAAAUCCGGGAAGAAAGAAAAGACUGCUGAAGAAAAUUCACAAAAACUUGCACAAGACAUAAGCGACAGCAUCGAGCACUGGGUUGAAGUGUUUACCCCAAAGGAUUCAAAAUGGAUUGCAGUUGACGUAGUCCAUGGAUCAGUUGGCAGCGUUAAGGAGAGCAACAUUAGAGAGCCGUUGUACUAUGUUCUCAGCUUUGAUAACCAUGACAAGGUGAAAGACGUUACAAGGAAAUAUGCCUCAGGUUGGUUAACAACAGUGAAGAAGAAGAGGAUUGAUACGAAAUGGUGGGAGGAGUCUUUAAAGCCGUUCAGUCCCAGUGACUGUGAGCGAGAGCGUGUAGAAAAUAUCCAAAUACAGUCAAAGCUUCAACGACAGCCAAUGCCUGCAAGCAUUGCUGAGUUCAAGAACCACCCUCUGUAUGCCUUGAAGCGUCACCUGUUGAAGUUUGAAGCCAUCUAUCCGCCAGAUGCCCCAACUCUUGGUUUUGUACGAGGAGAGCCAGUUUAUGCGAGAGAGUGCAUCCACACGCUGCGCUCAAGGGAAACGUGGCUUCGAGAAGCACGCAUGGUGCGAGUCAAGGAGCAGCCAUACAAAAUUGUCAAGGCCAGGCCAAAGUACGACAAGUUGUCUGGGCAGAUACUCAAGGAGCAGCCCCUGGAACUGUUUGGCCUCUGGCAGACUGAGCCAUACAUGCCACCCAUUGCCUUCAACGGCAAAGUGCCCCGCAACGAGUGGGGCAAUGUGGAACUCUUCAAGAGCUGCAUGCUUCCUGUUGGCACUGUGCACCUCAGGGCACCUGGGCUGGCUCGUGUAGCUUCCAAGCUGAACAUUGAUUGUGUUCCUGCUGUCGUUGGCUUCGAAGGACACUGUCGUGGCGUCCAUCCCGUGUUCGACGGAUGGGUUGUGUGCGAAGAAUUCAAGGAUACAUUGAUGGCUGCUUGGGAAGAGGAACAAGCGAACAUCAGCAACCGUGAAGAAGAGAAACGGCUGAAAAGGAUAUAUGGAAAUUGGAAGAAGCUAAUCAAAGGAGUUCUCAUCAAAGAUAAGUUGCGGAUGAAGUACAUGAAUGAUGACUAAAACGGCACCAAGACUUUCUCUCUUGCUUGGCUGCCAUAUGUACCUCAGUAAUUCCUCAUUGUUACUUAACUGCCAUAUUACCUCAAUUAUUUACGUGUAUUCACUUUGCGUUAUGCUCUCAUUAAUCACUGCUACUAUACUCUUGUAAAUUAUGUACAUAUCUGAAUGCACAAUAAAUAUAAAGCUACAGCUCUAGUUGUGUGAGCAGCUUCAUGGUACAAUAAAGUUACUACAUGAAG